AGAACAUUAAAAAAAGUUGUCCCAUUUGGUCUCUUUUAUUCUUCGCCAAUGAAAACAAAACUCUCCAUGUGAACAUAUCGGUUAAACAACUAACAUAGAAUCACGCGCCAUAAUUAACUGCCAAAUCCACACCAUUCCGUUUCCGCCACUUGGUUUUCCUAACCGUACUGCCACGUCACCAUCCACCCACCCGCAGCAGUAGCGUAUAAACCCGGGGAGCGCAGCAGCGGCUUUCCCAUCAAAAACUCUGAAAUCCAAUCUUCAUCGACGAGACGCUUUUCAAUUUUUCGAUUUUUUCUUCUCCUGCUUCCCAAUUCCGAUAUAAAAACGAAAUGGAACCCCGGAACAAUCCGAACCCAGCAUCCGGCGACGACACCGAGAUCGUGUCCCGCCGAAUCGAGCGUCUCUCCCUGCACCUGAACCCAAUCCCCCGCACCUUGCCGGACGGCGACCGGCAAAUCGGGAUGGCGACCUGCGCCAGGCCGAAGCUGGAGGUGGACACCGGGAAGCUGUCGGGCUACAUGAGAGGUCCCCACAGGGACGUACAGGAGAAGGUUUUCGAGUACUUUGAGUCCAGGCCGGAGCUACAGACGCCGCUGGAGAUUUCCAAAAAUGACCACCGGGAGCUCUGCUGGCGGCAGCUUGUGGGUUUGGUCAGGGAGGCUGGCAUCAAGCCUUUUAGGUAUGUGGCUGAUGAUCCCGCCAAGUAUUUCGCCAUUCUCGAGGCUAUUGGCAGCGUGGAUAUGUCGCUUGGGAUCAAGAUGGGCGUCCAAUACAGUUUUCCCCUUUACAUAUGUUAUGUUGUCUGCAGUCUUUGGGGUGGUUCAGUGAUCAACCUCGGAACUCAAAAGCACAAGGAUAAGUAUUUCGAUGGCAUAGAUAAUUUGGACUAUCCAGGUUGCUUCGCUAUGACAGAGCUCCAUCAUGGCUCAAACGUGCAGGCACUGCAAACUACUGCAACAUUUGACCCAAUAACCGACGAAUUCAUAAUUAACACCCCAAACGAUGGGGCCAUAAAAUGGUGGAUUGGUAAUGCUGCAGUUCAUGGGAAAUUCGCCAGUGUUUUCGCCCGACUAAUGCUGCCAUCUCACGACCCCAAGGCAGUUUCAGACAUGGGUGUUCAUGCAUUCAUUGUCCCCAUACGGCAUCUAGACACACACGAAACGCUUCCAGGUGUCGAGAUACACGAUUGUGGCCAAAAGGUUGGCCUCAAUGGGGUAGACAAUGGAGCACUGAGAUUCAACUCAGUAAGGAUCCCUCGUGACAAUCUCCUCAACAGAUUCGGUGACGUCUCUCGAGAUGGAAAGUACACAAGUUCCCUUCCCACUGUAAACAAAAGAUUUGCUGCUACGCUUGGUGAGCUCGUGGGAGGAAGAGUGGGGCUUGCGUAUUCCUCUGUAGCAGUUCUCAAGCUUGCUGGCACAAUCGCUAUCCGUUAUUCAUUGCUACGUCAGCAGUUUGGCCCGCCUAGUAAGCCUGAAGUCAGCAUCCUUGAUUAUCAGUCUCACCAGCACAAGCUCAUGCCCAUGCUCGCUUCAACUUAUGCUUUCCACUUUGCUACGUCCUAUUUGGUGGAGAAGUAUGCUGAGAUGAAACGAACUCACGACGAACAGUUGGUUGGAGAUGUCCAUGCACUGUCGGCGGGGCUCAAAGCUUAUGUGACGUCGUAUACUGCUCGGUCGCUGAAUGUGUGCAGGGAAUCUUGUGGUGGCCAUGGAUAUGCUGCUGUAAAUCGGUUUGGUACUCUGAGAAAUGAUCAUGAUAUUUUCCAGACAUUUGAAGGGGAUAACACGGUGCUCCUCCAGCAGGUUGCAGGCGAUCUCUUGAAGAGGUACCAGGAGAAGUUCCAAGGCGGGGCUCUGACAGUGACAUGGAACUAUCUAAGAGAGUCGAUGAAUUCAUACUUAUCUCAGCCAAACCCAGUAACGGCACGAUGGGAAGGCGAAGAUCACUUGCGCGAUCCUAAGUUCCAAUUGGAUGCUUUCAGAUACCGAACAUCUCGAUUGCUCCAAAGUGUUGCAGUCCGUCUUCGCAAGCACUCUACGACACUUGGAGGGUUUGGUGCUUGGAACCGGUGCUUGAAUCAUCUUCUCACCCUUGCCGAAUCUCAUAUUGAGACUGUCAUCCUUGCAAAGUUCAUUGAAGCUGUGCAGAACUGUCCGGAUCCAAGUGCACGUUCUGCUCUGAAACUUGUGUGUGAUCUCUACGCCUUGGACAGAAUAUGGAAUGAUAUUGGAACUUACCGCAAUGUUGACUACGUUGCACCAAACAAAGCUAAGGCAAUCCACAAGCUGGCAGAGUACUUGAGUUUCCAGGUUAGGAAUGUUGCGAGGGAAUUGGUAGAUGCAUUUGAUCUUCCAGAUAAUGUCACCAGGGCACCAAUUGCAAUGCAGUCAGGAGCUUAUUCUCAGUAUACCAAUUAUGUUGGAUUCUAGAAAAUCGGUACCCGUCGCAUCGCCAUAAGUAAAGUGCUUACAGUGGAAUUCAAGCUGGAGAUAGUUAUAGGUUUUUAUAUCAUAUAUAGACAUUCACCAUUGAAGCUCAAGUUGGUUAGCAUGAGGAACGAAGAACUGGGGAAGGACGAAGGAGCUCGACAGAUAUACAGGAUUGGCAUCUUAAACAUUGUACCAACUAUAUUCAACAUAUAUACGAGUUACUGAGAUUUACUACAGGAAAAUAAGUACUGUAGAACAUAAAAUAGUUUACUUUUCAAUUACACUUUCUCCAUUUCAACUCUCAACAACAUAAAACCCAGUACUUAACAUUUACAAGAGAGUUAUAUUUCCAUUAUAUAUA